AUGGACGUCGACUCCUCGUCGUCGUCACCAUCGGAGAGGCUUUCGGUAGUUUGUUCAGCGUCGGCCGAGUACAGUUCUAAUUCGUCCGAGUAUUCACCAAACUCAAGAAGAAAUUCUGUGAAUGAAAACGUCGUAAAGGACGAGCAGUAUUGGGAGCGGAGACGGAAAAACAACGAUGCGUCAAAACGCUCACGGGAAAAAAGAAGGAUCGGUGAUAUGGCAAUGGAGCAACGUAUUUUGGCGUUGUCGCAAGAAAACCAUCUCCUGAAAUCUCGCUUAGAAUCACGAACGGCAGCCGAAAGUCUGUUACAGACAACCAGACCCGAUCUUGCCUCCUUUCCUCCGCAAACCAACACACCUUUGUUCACGCACCUUCCGACGUCAUCGGUGGGCUUGUCAUCAUUGGCUGUUCCACCUCUAUCCUCCCUUCAUUCUGCUGUUCCGAAUCUCUCUCUUCCACAUGUUCCAUUACUUUCUUCUACUUCUCAACUUCCGAUCAUGCAGUUAUGUCAUCUGCAAGCGGCUAUUCAACAACAAGAGCCGGCGAUUGGUAGCAGCUGUUCAAAACCAUCCACGGAUGACGAAAUCGAGUACCGCGGCACUCCCUCAUCUUCAUCGGUGUUCUCAGUUGGAUCGGCAUUCCAGCCUUUUCAAACUCACAAGGAUUCGGUAAUCAUGAAGGCAGAGAGGAUCAGUCCAGAUUCGAGCAGCGACCGUGUCGAACGAGUCAUUCAACGAGUCCCUUCGUCUCACAAUAAACAAGAGCGCGCACCAUCGCAAUCGCUUCUGGGGGCUCUUCUAGCUAGUCGCAGGACAUCUCCCGCAGUACCCCAGAGCAGGACCGAGCACCAUAGCCGUCUCGGUAGUCCACCUAAGUUCUCGCCUUCUAAGUCUGACUGUGAAUCUAUAUCAUCGUCGGCUUCUCUUUCUCCUCAUUCCAGCGAGGACCAUCCGGAAACAUCCGCUAUUCGACGAGCACUCGAUGGCAACACCGCAGAAGACAAGAAGGAACAGUACAUGGAUCGUCGGCGGAGGAACAAUGAGGCUGCUAAACGUUGUCGUGCCAAUCGUCGAGCAGUGUUUGAAUACAGAAGUCGACGUGUUCAGGUUGGUACCAUUGAAGUGCCUAAUGCUCAGUACCUUAUUGUUGACAACGAGUUACUUGAAAGCGAAAACGACCAACUGAAAGAGGAGAUUGCCAAGUUGAAGCGAGAAGUCGAUCAGUUCAAAUCGCUGAUUACCGCACAAAACAUCAUGGAUACUCAAUAA